CUUACCAACUCCAAGCAACAAUAUGGGAAAACUUACUCUUUACGGCAUCGAUGGAAGUCCGCCAGUGCGCUCUGUGCUCCUCACCCUGAACGCCUUGGGUCUGCCCUUCGAGUACAAGGUGAUCAAUCUGUUUGGCGGCGAUCAUCUCAAGCCGGAAUUCCUCAAGAUGAACCCCCUGCACACCGUGCCCACACUGGACGAUGAUGGCUUCUACUUGUACGACAGUCACGCCAUCAAUGCCUACCUAGUGGCCAAGUACGGCAAGGACGGCAAGGAGUCUCUCUACCCCAAGGAUCUCCAGCAGCGGGCGAUCGUGGAUCAGCGUUUGCACUACGACUCCAGUGUUUUUGGCAGCACCGCCAGGGCAAUCACCUUUCCCCUGAUUAGGGAAAACCAAACCGAAAUCGCCCAAGCCAAAAUCGACGCGCUUUCGGGCGUCUACGAGACUCUGAAUUUGUUCCUAAAGAGCACCGAUUACUUGGCUGGAAAUAACCUGACGAUUGCCGACUUCAGCGUCAUCGCUGUCCUGUCGGGCAUGGUAGUUUUCCUCGAAGUCGAUGCCAGAAAAUUCCCCAAUCUGGCGGGCUGGGUUCAGCGUAUUAAAAAGUUGCCCUACUACGAGGAGGCCAAUGGAUCGAAGGUGACUCAGUUCACAGAUUUCCUCAAGAGCAAGAAUUUUACAAUUGUUUGAGAUUCUUUUAAAUAAUUAUAGUUUGUAGCAAUAGUCGUAUUUGAAUAAAUUUAAACUCCACACUCAAA